UUUAUGUAAAAACGAAGCCGCCUUGCCAUGCCUUAUUCCAUGUAUAAGUCUAGUGUGUACUUUUAUUAUUUCUUUUUGUAAACAAUUCGCUGAUAUUUUUCUGCAAAUCAGCAAAAACGCGGAUUGUUCAUUAAAUUUUCUAAAUGGAGAUGGACAUGGAUCACGAUGAUAAAAAACCGAUUCUCAAUCCAGGAGUCACGUAAAAUAACCUUUUUGUAUACUUCGAUCAUUUCAAUGGAUUACUUUGGGAACUUUGUCCACUGGACAAUUCCCAUUAUUGCCGAAAAAAGCGAAUGAAAUCGCAUCUUGAAAGCUGCAAGCAAAAACUCCUUAGGGGCCCGAGGAAGGUUGAGUGCCCUUUCAACCCUUUACAUCUUAUAAAUCUCAUGGAAAUUGAGAACCACAUAAUGACAUGUGAAAAUCGUGUUGUGAGAACGAAUCAUCUCCACGACUUUGAACCAAAACGAGAAACGAUAGAAGGUGUACCCGACGCUCCUAUAAACUUUGUUCUCGACGUACCCAAUGAUUGGGAAGAUGGUGAGAAUCCUGAGAGGGGUUACGACGCGAUGGAAGCAACGAAAUUUCGAUCUGUGAUAAGACCGGUUCCGGCGGGCCUUUCAAAAACCCAGAAAAAAGCAUGGAGGGCGAAGGAACGUCUGCGAUGGACAGCUCUAACGGGAGAAACUAAGGAAAAAGCGAGAAGUUCGCCGUAUCCUACGCCGACGCAGAUCAGGAAUGCUAAAGCAGCGAGCACACAAGUCGCAGCCCUCACGGAUGAUUCCGACAUUCUGGGCAUAAUCGAUAAGCUCAGCACCGCCAAUAUUGCAGAUCCAAGAGAUUCCAUGAUGAAGAGAAUAAAUGCAAGAUUAAAAACGCUUCAACUCAUGGAGGAGAAACUGAAAGAAGAGAAAUUGGAGCUGCAGCGCCAAGUUGAAGAGUAUUUAGCUACAAUAGGCAAAACCGAUCGAGAACUCACAAUCAAAAUUGAACCUAUCGAUCCAAGAAUUGCUUCUCGGAACAACAAUCACGAUUUGAAUGACUUCUCAGCUCUGUGCUGUUCUACAAGAAUCAACGCUGAUCCUAGAAUCGCCGCAGUACCCAGAAAUUCUCAUCGCUAAGACCAAAGGAAAUUCCUGAAAUUUUUAAGAUUCAGGAUGAAUCACCCGUGCCUCCGAGCCAAUCAUUUCAUUACAACUGAAUUUCAGUGUUUGGCGAUUUGCAAAAAUUUACCAACAAAUGGUUGAUUUUUCUACUUUUCUUCACUUUCGUCAACAUUCUGCUGUUGUUUUUUUUAUAAUUUCUCUUUCAAUUUUUUCCGGAAGAAUUAUUCGAGUAGCUGUUCCCUCAAUGACAUAAGUUUCGUAUACGUCUUAUCGAAUAUUUCAAUGGAAAUGUAUACGAUUUUUUUUAUUCAUUGUUUUUCAAAAACUGCAAUAUUCUGAAAAAAAAUUGUUCCAUUAGUCAACAAGUAAUCAAGUUAACCGAAGCGUGAAUAACUCUUUUGAAGUUAGAGAAGGGUGGGGCACGGUGUCGUCGUACCUCACUCUCUCCUACUGAAAAUUAUUUAUAAAAAUUUUUUUUUUUCCUGCAAAGCCGUUCGAAUGUAACGAAAAAUCCUAUCCCAUUUUUUUCAUCUUUCAAUAUUGCCACUUGCACAAAAAUAUUGUUCAUUUCCCAAAAAAAAUAAGAAAAUGCAAGUCUUGAAGAAAGAUUUUCGUUCUAAUUCCAACGAUGCAGAUAAUCUUUUUUUUUUUUUAAUAUAUUUCAUACUUUGAAAUCUCCUGCCCGCAGUUUCAGUUGCUCCUGGAAAGGAACAACGUUUUAUUACAAUAUCUUUACGAAAUCGAACGAAACAAAUGUAGGUCUGAUUGGCGAAAAUACUUCCGAAUGAUACUUAAUGAAUUAAGGGAAUACAAAAAAACGCGCUGAUAAUCUUAAGACUGAUGCAAUAAAUGACAGCUAAGUUACCUCUUAAAGUAUUAAGCCAGAUUAAUCUUAAUUUUAUUUGUUUCUAAAAUAAUAAUAAAUAAGAGAGUUAUAUAAAAAAUAUACCUAAAUAUAAAGAGUGUUUACGAGAAUUAGAUGUUUAAAAAUUUGUAUUGAAAAGAGAUUUGAAGAAGAUGCUCUAAGGGGCUUUUUUUUAAAUAAAUUUGAUAAUUGCAUAUAA